AUGUCUUCAAGAGAAAGACAAAAAGGAAAUAUGACGAAAGACAGCGUCAGCUUGCUGCCCUGCUUCUAUUUCGUUGAGCUCCCCAUCCUGGUGUCGUCGGUGGUGAGUCUGUACUUUCUGGAGCUGACAGACGUGUUCAAGCCGGUCCGCUCGGGGUACAGCUGCCACGACCGCAGCCUCAGCCUGCCCUACAUAGAGUCCACUCAUGAGAUUAUCCCCCUGCUCAUGCUGCUCAGCCUGGCCUUUGCUGGACCCGCCAUCACGAUAAUGAUCGGAGAGGGGAUCCUGUUCUGCUGUCUGUCCAGAAAAAGGAAGGGUGUCAGGGCAGAGGCAGACAUCAAUGCAGCAGGCUGUAGCUUUAACUCCUUCAUCCGCAGAGCUGUCAGAUUUAUUGGCGUCCAUGUGUUUGGCCUGUGUGCCACAGCUCUCAUCACGGACAUCCUCCAGCUAGCGACGGGCUACCAUGCGCCUUACUUUCUGACUGUGUGUAAACCCAACUACACCACGCUCAACACAACCUGCAACGAGAACACCUACAUCCUGCAGGAUAUCUGCUCCGGGUCCGAAACCGCAGCCAUCAACCAGGGCAGAAAGUCUUUUCCGUCUCAGCAUGCCACACUGGCUUCCUUUGCCGCCGUCUACAUCUCUAUGUACUUCAACAGCACGCUUACUGAGUCUUCUAAACUACUGAAGCCUCUGCUGGUCUUCUCCUUCGUCAUCUGUGCCAUCAUUUGUGGGCUGACCCGGAUCAUCCAGUACAAGAACCAUGCUAUUGAUGUCUACCUGGGCUUUCUGCUGGGCGGGGGAAUCGCUGUCUACUUAGGUCUUUACGCAGUGGGGAACUUCCAGCCCAGUGAGGAUAGCUGCAGCUGCCCUCCUCCCCAGCCCCGCGAUCCCUGUCCUUUACCCCACAUCAGCCAGGAGGCAAUGCGCCAUUUACAGGUGAAGAGCUGCAGCGGCAAUAUGGACGGGCUCUCUACCUCCCACUCCGAGGGCAUCCUCCACCAUAACCCCCACCACCGAGAUCCCUCCUCUGGCUCCCUCACCAACCUGAAGAGGUCCAGCGCUGACGUGGAGGUCAUCACCUCGCCCCGCAGCCCCAUGGGAAAGGAGAGCAUGGUGACGUUCAGCCACACCCUCCCGCGUGUCCACACGCCAGCGAUGGAUGAUGGCACACGCCGCAACGCCACCAUCCACCACAGUCACCAUGCCUCCAUGGACUCCUCCCGCUCCAAACAGCUCCUCUCUCAGUGGAAGAGCAAGAAUCAAGAGAGCCGAAAGCACUCCCUGCAGGUGAUGGAGGGUGAGGCGGCGGCCCAGUCACCCCACCACCGGGGGAGCAUGGACUCCAUGAGGUAUAGCUCUGAGCCCUCAGCCAUGGGGAUCAACGGGGUCGAUCUGCCAACGCAGUAUGUGAAGCUAGCUACCGGGGCCAGCACCACACUACCCAGAGACUGCAGCGGCAUAACAGGAGGGGCCAGAGUCUCUAUGCAGUCUCGACCUGGUUCCUCACAGCUGGUCCAUAUCCCAGAGGAGACCCAUGAGAACUUCAACAACCCCUCGCCCAAGAUGGUUGCGGGAGAUGUAGGCGGCGGUGAUAUAUGCAAUAGUGGAGCUCAUGUAAACUGGGUGAAGGCUGCUGAGAAGGCAACUGCCCCAUGUAGGACUAUGAAUGGCAGCCAGCAGCCACGGAUCAUGCAGGUGAUUGCCAUGUCCAAACAGCAGGGUCUGCUCCAGACUCAUUCCAAGAGCAUGGACGAGGGCUGCAUGGACGGCUACACCGGAGGGUCCCUCCGCUACAGAGCCCUGAAUGAACCAAAUCCCAUGGCCAUCGUGAGGGUGGACGCCCAUCCUGAGAACAACAACAACCGCCCCAUGGUUCACGCCCCUUCGACAGAUAUUAGCAGUGGGGGUUCCUGGAAGACCUGGAGGUCCCAGGACCAGUGUGGGGGUGGUGAUAUCGGUGGAUGCAGCCAGGGCCAGUCAUUCGAGCUGAAUGACCUGAAUAGAGAUUCAGAGAGCUGCGAGUCCCUGUCCAUGAGGGACGGCUCCAUUGGCUCCAUAGACAGGAGGAGACAUGCAAAUCCCACUGCUGCCUCCAAUACACAAAACGCAGGGGGCGGGGAGCACUCCCUCCAACAGCAGCAGGGGCUCACCACCAUCAGAGUGACCCCAGUAGAGGGGGGUGAGGUCCCCUCAGAGCCCCACUCUGUGGCCUCGAGCCGGGACUCCACACUCCGGAGGAAAGGGAAAGGGAACAUCAUCCUGAUCCCAGAGCGAGGGAACAGCCCGGAUAACACCAGGAACGUUUUCUACAAGGGGACUUCGUCAACACCUGGUUUGUAG